AUGAAGGGCCUUGCCAAAGCGGUGAAAAGAACACCGUUCAUGGUGACCAGCAAGGUCGGCAUGUCCAAGAAGACCACCGAUCCUGAAUUCGACGACUAUCAACGCCAUUUCGCUGAUAUGGAAAAGGCGGCAGAGCAACUGCUCAAGGAUACCAAGGCAUUCAUGGAUGCAGUCACAGGUUUGUUCACUGCCGGAACGGGGUUUGCCACACAUUACGCUACCAUCUUCCGUCCUAUCGGGGGCGAGUUUGACCUCAUCGGAAAGCAUCCAGAGGCUGGCCACACCAUUAAGAAUGUAGACAAGUUCGAAGCCGCCAUGGACGAUCUUCGAACCGCAUGCAUCCCGGAAUUGGAGUUGAUUGAGAGCAGGAUAGUUGGGCCGACCAAGGAGCUUCAGGUAAUCAUGAAACAAAUACGGAAGACGAUUACGAAAAGGGAACACAAGCUGGUUGACUACGAUCGCUUCAACAACUCGCUUACAAAAUUACGCGACAAGAAGGACAAGUCUCUGAGUGACGAGAAGAAUUUAUUCAAGCUUGAGCAAGAUUUCGAGGUAGCCACGAGUGAAUAUGAUUACAUCAAUACGGCGUUGAAGCAAGACAUGCCCCGUUUCAUGCAGCUCGCAACCCAGUUCAUCGAUCCUCUAUUCCAUUCCUUCUUCUACAUGCAGCUCAAUAUUUUCUACAUCUUGCUGGAGAAGACCAAUUCAUUUGGGGAGGAGGCUAAGAUGGAUAUUGCAAACAGGCCUGGCAGCCAGAUCGCCGAGGAAUACGAAGCUCGACGUGGUGACAUUAUAGCUGCCGUCGAGAACCUCCAAAUCAUCAAACGAAUCAUAUCUGUCUCUCGACUCGUUCAAGCAAAUCGUGCGGGUGCUGGCCUCGGUCGCGCACCAUCCACGGCCACCACCUCAUCUACAUCCUCAUCAUUGCGCGCUCCGCCGCCCAUGCGUAGUGUCUCUUCGUCAUCUUCAUUCAAGAAAUCCCCUCCCCCUCCCCCGGGACCUCCCUUAGCGGCGCCCCCGCCAUAUACUCCAUCAAUAGGAGGUCAAGCAGCAGCAGCGUCUGCUCUCACAAAGAGACCACCCCCACCGCCUCCCUUGAAGCCCAAGCCCAAGCCGGCAUCUCCUCCAAGACAAUACGUCGUUGCUCUGUAUGAUUUCGUCGCUCAGGCCGACGGAGAUCUGUCAUUUAGGACCGGCGAUCGCAUCGAAUUAGUCCAACGGACUGCGAGCUCAGAGGACUGGUGGACGGGAAAGCUCAAUGGGCAACAAGGCGUAUUCCCGGGCAAUUACGUCCAAGAUACAUAA